AUGGACGUCUACGGCUUACCUUCACCGGACUUGCUUCGUAUCGACGACCUUCUCGACUUCUCCAACGACGAAAUCUUCUCCUCUUCCUCCUCCGCCGCUUCCUCCGCCGCGUCCGCAGAAAACCCUUUUAACUUCCCCUCUGCCGCUUCCUCCAAUUCCUUCCACACUUCUCCUCCUCUCCUCACCGAUUUCACUAACGAUCUCUGCGUUCCCAGUGAUGACGCAGCUCAUCUCGAAUGGCUAUCGCGAUUCGUCGACGACUCCUUCUCGGAUUUCCCAGCGAAUCCCUUAACCAUGACCGUCAGGCCUGAGGUAUCGUUUACCGGAAAACCUAGAAGUCGGAGAUCAAGAGCCCCAGCAGCUCCAGUAGCUGGAACCUGGGCACCGAUGCCGGAAUCCGAGCUCUGUCACUCCGGUGGAAAAACGAAACCGAAGAGAGAAUUCUGCGCCGAAUCGUUGACGGCGGAUGGAGAAGGCGGAGUGAGGCGGUGCACGCACUGCGCGUCGGAGAAGACGCCUCAGUGGAGGACGGGACCGCUCGGGCCUAAAACGCUUUGCAACGCCUGUGGAGUCCGUUUCAAAUCAGGGAGGCUUGUGCCGGAAUACAGACCGGCGUCGAGUCCGACCUUCGUGCUGACUCAGCAUUCGAACUCUCACCGGAAAGUUAUGGAGCUCAGGCGACAGAAAGAAGAACUAGAAUCGGCCGUCCAAAUUCCGCCGUUUCAGUCGCAGUAA